UUUAAAUUGUUAUAAAUUAAAAUGAAAAUUUAUAAUGAUAAAUAACCCUAUAAAAUAUCUGUUUCAUGUAGUUAUUUUCUUGUUUUUGAUACCCGGGAUCAAUUCUUUUGUAUUAAGUGGUAAAACUUUUCAUAUAUCACCAAUUUAUCGCAUAAAUAAAAGUAAAUUUACACUUUUGUCCGGUUCUGAUACCCUAAACACCGUUACGGAGCUAGUAGCACAGAGGUUUGACAAGAAAAAAGAAGAAAUUGACCCAAAUUCGGAUUUCUACAAGGAGUUUGGGGCGGAUACGCUGGAUAAAGUGGAGCUGUUGAUUCUGUUGGAGGACGAAUUCGAUUUGAACAUACCAGAUAACCACUUUAGGACACUUAAGUCAAUUAAGGAAAUUUCUAGGUACAUUGACGGAAAACUACAGUUGAAAGAUCGUAUAAAUUUAACCAGUCCAGAGUUAAAUAACUGA